AUGGCUUCCUAUCGCGUCCCCUUCCCGCAUCCUUCAUACCACUCUCAUCCCCAGCGCAUCUACUACCCUCAUCCGCCCGCCAAAGCCCUUCCAGGCCCUCUGCCGCCUCAACCUGUCAACUAUCGCCAACCCUGCACCACCCGCCCCGCUCCAUACCCCCUGAACGAAGCACCCACGUACCAGAAGGUGAUGGCGCACGCGCAGACGCAGGCCUACUUCAAGGAGUCCGUCAACGACACCGACCAGCUCUACCUUCCAGCUCACGCAGAGACGAUGCUGGCGAACCAAAAGACUCUCUACCCCUUCUCCUUCCGCCCUCUAGUGUACAGCCAACACCCUUCGCCGGCCCAAGAGCCCGCCAAACCUUUGCAGACUGUCACUCUGCCCACCCCCAACGUCUUGCCCAGACCUGUCGACGUUUCCAAGUACGAGACCGUCUCCUAUCGCGACUGGAUGAACGCUCCGACGGAAUACCAGUCGCUGUCUCCUUCCUCCUUCGCUUCCGAAGACGAUCCUCCCUCGACGCCAAAGGACUGGGAUCUGGGCUAUCACGCCAACAUCGGGGUUGCGAAGAACGGAUCCUUCGGCCAGCUGGGCGUGUUCAACGGCGUGCCUGUGUGGGCUUCUGGAAUGAUGCCAGCCACCGCAUCGCAGUAUCUCCCCGAAGCCAUGCUGUACUACGGUGCUGUCAAUAACAUCGUGAUGGCUCAGCACCGCCAGAGUCUUCCUCACCCUCACCCCGACUCCUUCAGCAGCACCCUGAGCCCCUCUCCCGAAGCUCAAAGCACCGUGCCCUCCCCAGUCUCCCCGUCUGCCACAGUCGACACCGAAGUCGAGAUGACCGAUGACGAGGACGGCUUCUCCGAAGCUCGCGACGCCUCCGACCGCGCUUCCGUGGUAACCACCACCGAUUCAGACGAUGAAGACGAUGACGAUGACGACGACGACGAAGAAGAUGACGACAACCUUCUCGCCGCCCGCACCGAUGCCGCCCGUGAGCAGCGCGACAACCUCCUCGUCUCCCUCCGCGACAAGGGCGUCCCCUACAAGGAAAUCAAGCGCAAGUACGGCUUCAAAGAAGCAGAGUCCACGCUCCGCGGCCGCUUCAGGGCCUUGACGAAGGACAAAGAGGAGAGGGUCCGGCGUCCUGCUUGGGAGACGAAAGAUGUCAUCCUCCUCCGCCGCGCCGUCCGCUACUACUGCACCGGCGUCGAAGCCGAGAAGUUGAAAGUGCGUGCUGGCCGUCGCCGCACCCCGUGGAAGAAGGUGAGUGAAUGGAUGAAGAAACAUGGCGGCAGCUAUCGUUUUGCACCGGCGACUUGCGCGAGGAAAUGGGAGGAAGUGAAGAACUGA